AAAAUCCCUGCUUGUUUUGCGACGUGCGUCACUGGCGUGCAAUAAAGACGCAAAGGCGCAACUGUAGCCCACUUCUUCUUUAUACGUCCGAGCAGCGGACUCCGGUCGGUACUUGGAAUAAACGGUAUUUCUGCCCUCUGUCCGUCUUUAUUAUUAGCGCUUCGCUCCGCCCUCCUACCUGUAAAUCUCCCCGCUCUCCUCUGGAGCGGAUCUGACAGGCGCUCUCAGCUGGCCGCUCCGUGCCAGGGCUGCAGGGGACCGAAUGGAGACAGCGAUAACCACCCGAGCGCCAGCCCUUUUACGCAGAAUUGACAACGAAAACGCCCGCAAGAAAACAGUCUUGUUCUCUGCAGUGACAGCUACACACCUCUAGAAUUAAAUUAGAUUCAUGUGCACUUUCUCCCCAGCUUUUCCAACCUUUUUUUUCUUUUCCAGUCCUCUCACAUUCGAUUAACGCUUCAAGAAAAUGAAAUCGAUUCUCCGCCUGUGAAUCGACAGGAUACCUGAAUGGAAGACGGCUAGAGGUCGACUCGCUGAGAUUGGGCUGCAACAAUUUUCCCCGGCGCUGUGUUUACAUUAACCGAAAUAUCAGUGGCAGCCUCGACGGCUGCAAACGAUGCCGUCUCUGCCAUGGCAUAUUGCGUGAAAGAGCCAGAGAACCCCCUCGGAAGGAGAAGCGCCUAAGAUUCGUCAUUAUUGCGGAUUUAAAUGCCUCUCGCCAAAGGCCACCGACCCGCUGUUUUGGAUAGGUUCGCGUGUGCCGUGUCUCCUUCUGUCACGAACAAACAAUUCACAGGCUUGUGAAAAACGGAAAGAGACUUUAUCGGGUGGGUUAACAUAAUCUACAGCAAAGAGGGAGAUUUGUUUUUAUUUUUCCCAAGCAAUAUGGCUGGUGAGUGGGGCUGGGGACGCUGGCACAGGCUCUCCAAGGCUCCUAAAUGCUAGCUGAGGCAGAUGGCACGGUUCCCCAUGGAAGCGACAGCUCUAUGAGGACAAGCAAUAUCAAUAAUAACAUAAAUCCGGACUCUUCGAUCUUAAUAUCGAGGAUGGCAGACGUUGUCAUCCCGUACUCGUCCGAGGUGCCCUGCGACAAUAAUGGCCAGCGCAUGUGGUGGGCAUUCCUCGCCUCCUCCAUGGUGACGUUUUUUGGGGGUCUCUUCAUCAUUCUGCUAUGGAGGACCCUCAAAUAUCUGUGGACUGUUUGCUGUCACUGCAACAUUAAAAACAAGGAGGCUCAGAAGGUGAACAACCCCGCCAACAAUCAGGCAGCCGACAGAGCACCAAAGGGCCCUGAUGAGAAGGAGGAGGCGCCAGCCAAUGAAGUGGGAUGGAUGACUUCAGUCAAAGACUGGGCCGGUGUCAUGAUCUCCGCUCAGACACUCACUGGCAGAGUUCUUGUGGUGUUAGUCUUUGCACUCAGCAUCGGGGCCCUUGGAAUAUACUUUAUAGACUCCUCAGAUCCUAUAGAAUCCUGCCAGAACUUCUACAAAGAUUUCACGUUACAGAUUGAUAUGGCCUUCAACGUAUUCUUCCUUCUUUACUUUGGCCUGCGGUUUAUAGCAGCCAAUGACAAGCUGUGGUUCUGGCUGGAGGUCAACUCAGUGGUUGACUUCUUCACUGUUCCUCCUGUGUUCGUCUCUGUCUACUUAAACAGAAGCUGGCUUGGUUUAAGAUUCCUGAGAGCACUAAGAUUGAUACAGUUCUCAGAGAUUUUGCAAUUCUUAAAUAUCUUGAAAACAAGCAAUUCCAUCAAGCUGGUGAACCUGUGUUCCAUCUUCAUAAGCACAUGGCUCACAGCUGCUGGAUUCAUACAUUUGGUGGAAAACUCAGGGGAUCCUUGGGAAAACUUCCAAAAUUCCCAGUCACUAUCAUAUUGGGAAUGUGUCUACUUGCUGAUGGUGACUAUGUCUACAGUGGGCUACGGGGAUGUCUAUGCAAGAACCACCUUGGGGCGCCUCUUUAUGGUCUUCUUCAUCCUUGGCGGUUUGGCCAUGUUUGCUCGCUACGUGCCAGAAAUUGCUGCUCUCAUCCUUAAUCGGAAGAAAUUCGGAGGGAGUUAUAACUCGACACGAGGCAGAAAGCACAUUGUGGUCUGUGGUCAUAUUACCCUCGAAAGUGUCUCCAACUUCCUCAAAGACUUCCUACACAAGGACAGGGAUGAUGUCAAUGUAGAAAUUGUUUUUCUCCAUAAUAUUUCCCCUAAUCUUGAGCUGGAAGCCUUGUUCAAACGCCAUUUUACCCAAGUAGAGUUCUACCAGGGAUCGGUUCUCAACCCUCAUGAUCUGGCCCGAGUGAAGAUCGAGUCAGCAGAUGCCUGCUUAAUCCUAGCCAACAAGUAUUGUGCAGAUCCUGAUGCUGAAGAUGCCUCCAACAUCAUGAGGGUCAUUUCCAUCAAGAACUAUCACCCCAAGAUCAGAAUAAUCACACAGAUGCUGCAGUAUCACAAUAAGGCCCAUCUACUGAAUAUUCCAAGCUGGAACUGGAAGGAGGGUGAUGAUGCUAUCUGCUUGGCAGAGCUGAAGGCAGGCUUCAUUGCGCAGAGUUGUCUGGCCCAGGGUCUGUCGACAAUGCUAGCCAACCUCUUCUCCAUGAGGUCCUUUAUUGAGAUCGAGGAGGACACAUGGCAGAAGUAUUACCUUGAAGGAGUGGCUAAUGAGAUGUACACAGAGUAUUUGUCCAGUGCCUUUGUAGGCCUCUCCUUCCCCAUGGUCUGCGAGCUGUGUUACGUGAAACUGAAGCUGUUGCUUAUUGCCAUUGAAUUCAAGUCUGAGCAGAGAGAGAGCAGAAGCCGAAAGCGCAUUCUCAUCAACCCGGGCAACCAUGUCAAGCUGCAGGAGGGAACACUGGGAUUUUUUAUCGCUAGUGAUGCCAAAGAAGUAAAAAGAGCAUUUUUCUACUGCAAAGCUUGUCAUGAUGACAUCACAGACCCCAAACGGAUCAAGAAGUGCGGCUGCAAGCGACUGAUUUAUUCCAAGAUGUCCGUCUACAAACGAAUGAAACUGGCAUGUUGUUUUGAUUGCGGCCGUUCAGAGCAAGACUGCUCUUGCAUGUCAGGCAGUGUACAUAGUAACAUGGACACCCUUCAGAGGGCCUACCCACUUUCCUCUGUCUCUGUUCAUGAUUGCGCAACCACUUUACGUGCCUUCGAAGACGAGCAUCCGUCAACGCUCUCGCCCAAAAAAAAGCAGCGCAACGGAGGGAUGCGAAACUCACCCAACUGCUCGCCCAAAAUGAUGAGUCGACACGAUCCCCUUCUAAUUCCUGGAAAUGAACAAAUUGAGAAUAUGGACAUGAACGUGAAGAGGUAUGACUCGACAGGGAUGUUUCACUGGUGCCCUUCAAAAGACAUCGAAAAAGUCAUCCUGACCCGGAGUGAAGCCUCCAUGACAGUGCUAAGCGGCCAUGUAGUGGUCUGUAUAUUUGGGGAUGUCACGUCCGCUUUAGUGGGGCUGCGAAACUUGGUGAUGCCUUUAAGAGCCAGCAACUUCCAUUACCACGAGCUAAAGCCUAUAGUUUUUGUGGGCUCGCUGGAUUACCUUCGGAGAGAGUGGGAAACUUUACACAACUUCCCCAAGGUCUCCAUCUUACCUGGUACACCAUUAAGUCGGGCAGAUUUAAGGGCUGUCAACAUCAACCUCUGCGACAUGUGUGUAAUACUGUCAGCCAAUCAGAACAAUAUCGAAGAUGCGUCUCUGCAGGAUAAGGAAUGCAUCUUGGCAACACUCAACAUCAAAUCUAUGCAGUUUGAUGACAGCAUUGGGGUCUUACAGGCUAAUUCCCAAGGUUUCACGCCUCCUGGAAUGGACAGGUCAUCUCCAGACAGCAGUCCAGUACAUGGCUUCGUGCGUCAGGCAUCUGUCACCACCGGAUCCAACAUCCCCAUCAUCACAGAACUAGCUAAACCUGGCAAACUACUGCCAUUGGUUUCACUCAGUCAGGAAAAAAAAAGUGGAACCAGCAUACAAAUGAUAACAGAGCUGGUGAACGACUCAAACGUUCAGUUCCUGGACCAAGAUGAUGAUGACGACCCAGACACAGAGCUGUACCUCACUCAGCCCUUCGCCUGCGGCACCGCCUUCGCUGUCAGUGUACUCGACUCCCUGAUGAGUGCGACAUACUUUAAUGAUAAUAUCCUCACGCUGAUUCGAACGCUGGUAACAGGGGGAGCCACGCCAGAGCUGGAGGGUCUGCUGGCUGAAGAGAAUGCUCUCAGAGGAGGCUACAGCACACCGCAAACUCUGGCCAACAGAGACAGGUGUCGCGUCGCCCAGCUAGCCCUCUACGACGGGCCAUUUGCUGACUUAGGGGAUGGCGGCUGCUACGGAGAUUUAUUCUGCAAAGCACUGAAGACAUACAACAUGCUGUGUUUCGGAAUCUACAGAUUAAGAGAUGCACAUCUCGGUGCACCAAGCCAAUGUACAAAACGGUAUGUGAUCACAAACCCUCCAUACGAAUUUGAACUGGUGCCCACCGACCUGAUCUUCUGCCUAAUGCAGUUCGACCACAACGCCGGCCAGUCCCGGACAAGUUUGUCCCACUCUUCCCACUCCUCCCAUUCCUCCAGCAAAAAGAGCUCAUCCGUGCACUCCAUCCCCCCAUCGAACCGGCAGAACCGCAGCAGCAAGACCCGGGAGUCCCGCGAAAAACAGAAUGCAACAAGGAUGAAUAGAAUGGGCCAAGAAAAGAAAUGGUUUACAGAUGAACCAGAAAAUGCCUACCCAAGGAACAUUCAGAUCAAGCCCAUGAGCACUCACAUGGCCAACCAAGUCAACCAAUACAAAUCCACUAGUAGUCUGAUUCCACCAAUCAGAGAAGUUGAAGAUGAAUGCUGAACACCAGGCUUUCUUGCUGACUCACCAGACAUCUGUACGCUCUUUACGAAAGAGAUUGGAAGAGAUCACCAAAGGAGGGAUGAUGAUGAUGAUGAUGAUGAUGAUGAUGACAGAGGUGGUGAAGAUUGACACAUUUCUCCUCACUCAUUCUUCUAAUUGAGGGUUGGACAGGAACCCAGACUGGGAAGGGACCUCCUAUGUGUAUAUGUUUAAUGUUACUUCCAUGCUCUUGGACAUUUGUUUUAUUUAUUUAUGUGUCCAUAGAAAUGUACAUAAUGACAAUCAAAUAAGGAUUGUACAGCUCCUUCCCUCUAGCACUUUUUGGAAUUAUUUUGAGAGUUGAUGGAAAAAAAAGAAAGAAGAGUACUUCCUGUAAUUCUUUGCAAUAGUUCACCUCUUCAUGUGACCAGACUCCAUGGCUGAAGUGACUGGUUAUUGGAGGAUGAGGGUUGCAGCGAUAAACUGAUCAUAUCAUCUCCCAAAGAUUAACUCAGUUGCGUCAAACCGGCUGGGUUCAUCGCCGUCAUAUCUCCCGUCUGCUUCUGUUCUAUUUGCACUAAAACUGAACAAGUUUCUUUCCACAGAACAACUGGAAACAUCAACACCCCCCACCUCCCCACGCCACCUCUGAGUAAAGAGUCAUUGAGGAGAUGACGGAGGAAGGGCUGCUCGGCUUUGGAGGCAUACUAAUUUUGUUCUCAGUUUGUUACUCAUCGUGUCAUUGCUUUAAGGUUUUGCUGUUUCACCUUGACUCGCCAUGUAGAGUGAGAUCAAUCCAGGCCUGAAAACAAAAAACAAAAAAAAAAAGGAUAUCAAAUAUUGCAAAUUGGUAAUCUAAAAACUCAAGACAAUGGUGCAGUGUUGGUGCAUGCUGGCUGGAAGGAGAGCCCGAGUCUUCUGCUGAUAUGUCAGAUACCUGUGCUUGAGCCCAGUAGAUAUCGCGGUUAAUCAGCCUGAAUACAUGAAAAGGAUAAAAAAAACACAACAACAACAACAAAAACCUGUUCUGUCCUUCAUGCAUUCAGGUUUAUGUAUAAACUGUGUGUAUGUGUGUGUCGUAUUACAGCCACUUGUCCUUCUGAUGCUGCACUGUCACUCCCCACCAACACUGAUUUGUAUGUGAUGAAGCACCUUUGAGGGAACAGCAUGUUUGAAAAGAAAAAAAAAAGAGUCAUAAUAGACACAAACAGUAGUAGAUCAUAAAUCACUUGGAUAUUCUAACAAAGGCAUUGAGUUGCAUCCAAAACCAAACCAAAAUAGCCAACUAUGAUUGAGCGUAUCUAACAUGAACAGCAGCUGCAUGGCGUUAUAACUGUAACAGCACUGGGACCACUCAGCAAAGUGGUGUAUUGCCUGUAACAUAAAGUUAAUAUAUGAGGAAAGAAAUGCCACAUAUUGCGUAAUAGUGGGCAUCAGUGGGUCCUCCUUUGAUCGGAGCAACUGCCUGGCACGGGGUUGGCACAGAGGCAGUAAAGAGCUUGGAUGUUCUCUGUUGCCAGCCCAGAUGUCGCACGCCAAGCUGCUGUGUUCAGUCCUCGAACACGAGGAAAUGCUCAAGCAUAGUUGGUGGAAAUGCAACAAAUGCCACAGGCAUAAGGACAAGAAAGUGGAACGUGCUCGGGUGCAACAUGAGUGUAUUUUCUGUAUGCUAACGCGCCUAUAUAUCCAAAUGAGGCUGCUGCAUGGACGGAGGAUUGACCCGGUAGCCUCGUACUCCUAAUGGUCAACCUUGUCCAAGAAAAAAAAAAAGUAGUGGGAUUUAUACAUUUCAGCAUAAUUAUUUUAUAUCCAUAAACAUAAUCAAUUUGUACUUAUUUUUCUAGUCAAGAGCAAAGUUAAAAGUACUUUAGGAGAAGACUGAAUUGAUAUAUUUAAUUACAACUACAUAUCAAAAGAUUUUAUGUUGGACUGUCACUUUGUCACGUAUACUAAAACAAAUGAUUAUUUUUUUAAUCACCUUAGCCCCUCUCUGACAGACUGCAUCACUCUGGAGCUAACAUAGCUUAGACUAGCUUGCAUUGUGAAAACAUCUUCAGCUUGGCAGCUCAGCUCUGUUGAGUGCUUGUAGAAAUAAAUUUAGGCUAAUCGGAAGCCUCCUUUGGUUGCACAGAUGCAGUGUCUACUAAAUAAUGUGUCUACUACUAAGCGUCCCUUGCUGAGAACAUGCAUAAAGGGAAGAAAGGCGUAAAGGAGUUGUGUUUUGGGGGAGAGGGUAAAUGUACUUAACUAAGCAGUGGAUUAGAAUGGUUAAUAAUGACGGGAUGAAUAGAAAGUUUCUCCCACUGUGUGCAGACCAGAACCGAACGACCUUUAUUAGAUGACUGUGACCUAAAUUAGGUCCCUAGCAUGGAGUAGGAGUAUGUACACUACCACAAAGUGUGCUGGUAUUUUCCACAGAAUAUGACCGGGAGACGCUGUUUGUUUAUUGCAGCGAUCCUGCUCUAUAGAUUGUAAAGAGAACGUCAUUCUGAAAAUAGAAAACAAUUUUGGAAAAUGGAAAAGAUGAUACUGUGCUAAAUAUGUUUGUGUAAACUCAACCCAUGAUAUAGAUGACAUUUCUUUCUCAAUCAAAAUGAUCUGAGCCUCAGUGUCCGUCUUUUGGGUGUGGUACAACUAUGCUGAAGCCUCAUACACAUUGUCCUGAAGUGAACUUUUGAACUGUGAUUACAUCGUUGUCACACAUUGUAGCAAAUAGGUUUCUUUUUGGAAAAAUAUGUGAGUAAAAUGUACGUAUAAUUGGGUUGUUAACGCCAUACUUUCUAGCCUGAACUUUAAGGAAUUAAUAUUUGGUAACAUCGGUCGCUCACUCUACAUAAAAAUCGACAAACUGAUUGUUCUGUUGAGAAAAAAAAAAAAAGAUGAAUAUGUAUCUCAAAAAAAUAAAAGAUCUUGGUUUAUUGUAGGAAUGCGGAGACUAUUCAAGUACUGUAUGUGGCACAUGGAUAGGUUAGGCAGAAUUUGAUCAGCCAUCACGAAGAUGAAAGGUAGCACCAAUUCAGCAAUUAUCGAAAGACAGGACAUCCUUCGUUUUCCUGUUUCUAUUACUUUGCUUUGUAUCAGGGUUUACAUUCCAUUUUGUCAGCUCAUCAUUAUCUAUCACAAACUGUCACAACUGCUUCUUAUUUGUUUACAGAAUAUUUUUGAGGCACUUAAACAUAGCAAAGUGGUACAUGCUGCAAACCGGCAUAAACUCGAAAAGUAAUGCACCAUUUACUUUCAUUAUACUUGAUUACUGUGCUUUUUUUUUUUUUUUUUUUAGACCUGAACCCUCAUUGCACAACUCAUUCAGGCUGGCAUUACUCACAACACUGGACUGAGAUGUCUCUCCUUCCUACAUCUUUUCAGAUGUUCUUUGCAUUGUAUACCUCUAAAGUUUUUGGAGUGUUUUUUUUUAAGUGCCAUGAAGAGUUCAGUUGAGCAGGCAUCCUUCAGUCAUUCAGGGACACAGGCUUCCUUUAAGGGAGUCCACGUGUUUUCCACUGUGAGAAUAAAGUCUUGUACUGACAUGGAGAACAUCCAAGCCAUCAAUGCCUCCAUGCCAGUAUAGUGCCAGGCAGUGCAGGAGGUCAAGAGGAGGGCCCAUAUUAAGUCCCACUAAAGCGAAAAGUGGCAUACAGGAGGCCCGAGGGGCUGAUGGGGCAGAUGGAUACAAGCUUCAGUCAAUAAAUCACACAUGUCCUAUCUGCCACAUGCUUUGUUAAAGGUUAGCAGGUUGUGUCAUACAGUGUAAUGAGAUAUGGAUGACUGAAAGAUGCACAGAUGUGUUGUUAUCCACUGAACAAAUCAAAAGACUGACGCGUCAUAUGUUACUGUUACAGUAUGUUGCAUUAAUUUUGUUAAUCUAUUUUUUUGCUGUAAAGGAUGGAAAUAGAAACUUAUUUGCUGGGAAAUGUACUAGAUAUAUAAUAGAACAUAAAAUACUUAUGGGGAUAGGAGGUGGGUCUCAAGUCUUAAUAAUACAUGAAAACUGCAUUCAGCAUUUUCUUUUAAAGAAAACUUGCUUUUUUUGGCUGCCUAUCAGUUCAGGAAGAAUUCAAGAUAUUGCUCUUGUUUAUCACAGAUAGGAUUUCUUAGUACAUCAUCAUUGCAGCAAACGGAAGUUUGACACAGCAGUCUAAUUAGUUUGGAUGAGUUCAAGAUGUGAUGGAUAAAUGGAUUAUUUGAUGGUGCUGAGUUGAUCUACCUGACUCUGUCAAAUAUAAUCUGCUGAUAAAUAUACUGUCUUGUACAAAAAAAAUGUACAUAGAUUGUACAUGGUUUCUUUUUGUAUUUUUUCUCAAAUUAAAAUGGAUGUAUUUGUGUUCUAAA